CGAUAGUAUCAGCGCGGCGCGGGAAGGUGACGAGGUCCACGACGGUAUUAUUGUGGCUCCGCCAUGAGCUCUCUCAGAUCACAACCUCUCAAGCUCGAGACUCCAGCGAGCAAGACCAAUAUGAGUCAAUUCUAUGUCAGUAACUGUGACUACCACAGUAGCCUAAACACUUACUUUUCAGUUCGGCGACGACUCAAGCUCCAAUUCAGACAACGACUCCUUCGACUCCCUGCCCUAUCCUCAGCCGCUCCCACGCUCCGACUUUCUACAGCCUAAUUUCUCUGCUGCAGCGUAUUUGGGCUCGCUCCAGAAUCGACAUCAGACACUCGAAGACCUCCGAACUGAGCUCCGCACACGCAGCCAGCAGCUCAAUCAGCAACUACUCGACCUGGUCAAUUCAAAUUACCAAGAGUUUCUAGGACUGGGUAGCAGUCUGAAAGGCGGCGGUGAAAGGGUAGAGGAGGUUAGAAUGGGGCUGCUGGGGUUCGAAAAAGAUAUUGAGGCUGUUAAAAAGAGUGUCCAGGAGAAGAAGAGCCAGGUCGAGGAGGCAUUAGACGAGAGGAGGAGAGUUGGGAGAUACAUGCAAGUCGGAAAAGCCCUUCUAGAAUAUCAUGAGAGAUUAUUAGAGCUGGAGCGACGCCUGUUAGUUAAUUCGGAGGAAAAGAACCAAGACGAUGAGAGCGAGAGUGAAGAAUCCAGCGAGGACGAAGAUGAUGAUACUGCUCUCAUGAGCUUGUGGAGAUUACGAAGACAUGUACGACAAUAUUUAGUGCUGAGGGAAAUCUCCACACAACUAGGUGUGGACCAUCCCUUCUUGGUCGCGCAAGAGGCACGGAUACUCAAAGUUCGGUAUACCCUUCUGCUUGAUUUGAGUACAGCCUUGAAACAGGCUCAAGCCACAGGGAGGUCUGCUGACGCGCGAGUGCUGUCUGUCAUGUCAGUGUAUAGAGACAUGGAUGAAGGUGGCGAAGCAGUGAAAGUGUUCCAAUCCUUACCGAAAGCAUGAGUAGCUGCGUUCAUAGCAUAGCGUGGGCGUUAGGCAGAACAAUGAUGCUAAUACAAAUGAAUGAAGUCUUUAUAUUCCAUGCCU